UUCAACGCUGUACUUGUGUGUGUCUCUCGACGGCGGCCGCUGGCGUUGCCGACCCAACGCGGCAGCAGCCAAUCGUGACGAACGGUUGCUUCACGUACUUUGCGUCAGCGCGUAACCUCGCGUACGCGACGUCACCGCCACUGCAGUCUCUUCGGAGGACGCAGCAGCAGAAACCGAAGCAGGCGUACAUCUCACGCCUCUUUUUUUGCCUCCUGCUAACAAACAAAGGUGUCUUGAGCUGUUGUUAACCAGUGUCAUUAGGCCAACAACUAUCCUGCAGGCAAGAACCAUAAUGGCAACAGGAUCUUUCCCACUUGAUCCAGAUUUAAUGAGGGAGAUCCUUGAAUGUCCCAUAUGCCUGGAGACCUUCAAUGAGGACCAAAUUAGACCCAAACUCCUCCAAUGUGGUCACACGGUGUGCCGCCAUUGCCUGGAAAGGCUGUUGGCAAACACAAUCAAUGGGGUGCGCUGCCCCUUCUGCAGUAAGGUCUCGCGCAUGAGCAGUAUCUCGCAGUUGGCCGACAAUCUCACCGUACUCAAGAUCCUUGACUGCGCCAAGUCCUGUGGCGCGGCCGCCACUGCCCUUAUGUGCGGGUCCUGCUGCAGCCGUCUGCCGCGCCAGUACUGUCACGACUGCACUGUCGUCCUUUGUGAACUCUGUAAAGUUGAAGGGCAUCUACACCGUGGUCACACCGUUCAGCCUGUGCAGAUGGCUGCCGAGCAACGUCGGAAAGAACUGGGUGAAAAACUGUCCACUUUACGUGACACCAUGGGUGAAAUCCAGAAGAAAAAGACAGCCAUUGAAAACAUUACCAAAUCGUUAAGGGCAAAGUACAAAGCAGUUCAGCAAGACUACACAACGGCCGAGCUGCAGCUUCAAGAAGAGCUGAGCCGCUCGCGUAAGACAUUCAUAACAUCCAUGGCAGAGCUACAGAAGCUCAAUGGGCAGGUCCUCGAGGAGCAGACGUACCUCCUCAACAUUGCGGAAGUAAAGGUGGUCUCUUGCUGCGACUAUCUGACCAUGCGAGUGAGGCAGAGCGACAUCAGCCUGCUAAAGGAUGACGGAGGUGCAUGCGAUGAGGAGCUCAAUUUGAGGACAAGCUUGCCCACCGUGUUUCAGCUGCAUGAACCGGAGUUGAUCCGGACGAAACACUCCAAGCCAGCAGAAGUGGGACAUUUGGCCACAAGCACGUACACGGUUAAUACAGAUAAUUCGGAAUGUGCUUUGGAUGUUGAUCUCGAGGGCAAUAUUGAGGCUCUAGAUGGGGCUUUUGGCAGUGCAAUGGGGCGGCCAGUGGAUCUCUACCGAGAUGUUGACAUGGUUGCAGCAGUCGAUGACACAAUAAGUAGCUCACCUGGCUCCUUUAAGUCAAAAUCCAUGGAUGCAGCGGGGGAACCACAAGGAGGUGCAUGUGCGGGUCCCCCAGCGUGCCAGUUUGUGAAGAAGAUGGGAUGCAAGGGAGCGCUUCCUGGCUCUUUCAAUUUACCAGUUAGUAUUUGCGUAAGCCAGCAAGGUGAGGUGCUAGUGGCUGACCGUGGCAACUACCGCAUCCAAAUUUUCAACCGCAAAGGAUUCCAGCGCGAAAUACGCCGAAACGCCAGCAGCAUAGACAACUUUGUCCUGAGCUUCCUCGGCGCCGACCUGCCGAACCUCUUGCCCUUGUCCAUCGCUGUCACACAUCAGGGCCUGAUCGGAGUCACUGACAACUAUGACAAUUCUGUCAAAGUGUACACUAUGGAUGGGCAAUGUGUGGCUUGCCACAAGAACCAGCUCAUCAAGCCCUGGGGCAUUACUGCGAUGCCCUCUGGUCAAUUCGUGGUGUCAGACGUGGAGGGCGGCAAGCUGUGGUGUCUCGCCGUCGACCGCAAUGUCGGCGUGGUGAGCUACAGCCGUCUGUGCUCAGCGGUGCGGCCCAAGUUUGUGACGUGCGACGCCGGCGGAACCGUCUACUUCACCCAAGGUCUGGCGCUCAACUUCGAGAAACGCCACAACGAGCCUCACCUGGAGGGCGGCUUCUCAAUUGGCUCGGUGGGGACUGACGGACAGCUCGGCAAGCAGCUCAGCCAUUUCUUCUCCGAGUCAGAGGACUUUUGCUGCAUCACCGGCAUGUGUGUUGACGCCAACGGGGAUCUGCUGGUGACGGACAGUGGCAGGAAGGAAAUCCUGCAGUUUCCCAAAGAAGGGGGGUUUAAAAUUCUUAUCCAGGAGGGACUGAACUGCCCUGUGGGGGUGGCCACCACCCCCAAAGGGCAGCUGUUGGUGCUGGACUGCUGGGACCACUGUGUCAAAGUCUACACAUACAUUCAGAAAAGGCACUCAUCCACCUCCUAGAGGAAUGAACCACACAAAGUGGGAAAGGAAGCAUAGUUAUUUUUCGGUAGAUGUUUGCGAAAUGUGAACGCAAAAGAAUUACUCAUUUUACUUUGCCCAACAGAAUUUCAAUUGAGCCACCUCACUAUAACACUACCAAGCAGCCUUUAGACUAAAUGAUCUCACAAUAAGCUUUAUAUUUGAGAAUAAAGGCAAAGCUGUCUCGUCAAAAUGAAGUGUUUCUCUCGCCUGUGUAAUUGGUUUAAAUGUGCAAUUUAUGAACAGGAAAAAAGAGCUAUAACGGCAUUCACAAGUGAAAUGGCGUGAAUCUCUGGGCUGUGAGCCUGUGAAGCACUUUACUGUGUACACCUCUGUUUUAAUUCCACAUUGACAGCUUUUAAGUUUUACUGUGCAGUUAGAUAAUGACAAAUCAGUGACUGCGGUAAACUGCAUUCAGUAACAUUCAGGGAGCAUGCAUGUAGUAUUCUCUGUUACACGCUUGUAAUGGCAUAUUUGCUGUGAACGCAAGCUGUGGAAAAUUACACUAGUCAGUGUGGUUUUGUGGGUUUUCAUUUAUGAGGCCAUUGACGAGUUACAAAAAAAGAUAUACAGUAUGGCUGUUAAACGUGUACUUUUUGUUAAGCCUGAAAUUUAUAUAAGUGAGGCUGUAAAAUGUAAAAAAUGUUAAGCACAGGGAUGGCCAUAAUAUGGACACACAAAUAGGCGCGCAGAACAUUCAAAGAGAUCUAUCACAAUAUUACAAAAUAAUGUUAUAUUUCCCUACACCCAUUCAAAGGAAUUUAGUCACAUAUCUGUCACAUUUGUGGGGGAAACAAACCAACUGUGAAAUCUGAUCUCUUAACAAUUUACUACAUCAAAACUAUUUCUUUUCAUUUUAAGUGUAUCUCAGCCAAAGUUGCUGGAAAAUAGUUUGGUUUCAAUGUGGUUAUUUUGUUUGAUUUCUGAGUAAAAUAUUUUACAAACAUCAGUAUUGGUGUAAAAAAAAAAAAAAAGCAGCAUAAAAUUGAACUAAAAGAUAAUGUAACCAUUCAUGUAUACUUCCCAUACUCCUCUUGGCAUUUGUCGUAUCUUUCCAUACUACGUAAUAUCUUGAUGCUUGCGAAAACGUUUCUUAUUAUUGUAUAUGUCCUACUAAAAUUUCAGAAGACAUGGGACACUUUUUCUCAACUCUUUUUGUUUCAAUACUAGUGUAACAUAUUUAAGCACGAAAACACUUUUUCCUAUAUAAACACAAAAAUGUGUUCCACACUCACUAGAAGCAAACAACUAAAUGGAAAGUCGUCAAAACUAAAGAAUAGAUGGGAAUUAUUAACUGAACCUGAUUAUAAUAGUUUGUGGUUUGCGGUUGUAAUUGUUUGAUCACCAAUAUAUUAGAAAUACUGUUUAGUAUAAUGCCGUGCACUUUGACACAAUGUAAAAUACAACCACCAUAAAAAAAGUCUUUAAAAGCUGAUCAUUGUCUUUAUAGAGGAAUAUUUUCAUAUUUAUUUAACAUAAUAUAAUGGGUCAAUAGUAUUUUUCUAUGAUGGGUUGGUGAAUUGCUGAACUUGUGCCCCCCAAAAACAACUAUGCCACAUGCUUUUAAUUUAAUUAAAACAUGAUAUGAUUGAUUUUUUUUUUCUGGAUGGUUUGCUGUGCCUGCCCUUUUUUUUUUUUUUUUUAACUGCCCAAAAACACAUGCUUACAUGUAUGAAACGGCACAAAUAGUAGCCACGAAGAGAUGAAAUCAAUUUAUAUCCAAAUAUAUUGUAUUUGUCAUUGUCAUUUAUAUAUUUUUUACUUUUGAAUUGUAAUUUGGGGAAUUUAAACAUAUCUUACAUUGGAAAUAUUGUAUGCCUGCUGUAAAACGAUAUGCACCUUCCAGCCCAGGUUGUGUUCAUAAGAGAGCGCAUUGUCUGAGCCUUAAAAUGACUGCACUUCAAUAGCUACAUAGUACACAGAGACAGUGUACAUGUGUAAGCCAAGUGAACAGGAGAGGAAUAUCUCUUCAUUUAUAGUAAAUCAUUGUUGUGCGCUUAUUCUUUUUCAAAUGUUUGGUAUCUGCGUCAGUCAAAUAGAAUUUCACAACUUCAUCCAAGUGGUCGCUAUAUAUAGGUAGACGGGCCAAAAAGUUUAUAAAUGUGCACACACCAAAAAAAAAAAGAAAAAGUGCCCUUGUGUCGGUGUGCUGAGCAUCUUGUGUGUCAUGUUUUAUUAGGCGACAUUUCAUCGUCCAAUUAUUAUUGUCAAUAACAUUUGUAUUAGGUCCUUGAAGUGAACUUCCUCCCUACCCGAUAUCUCUCAGGUACUCUGGAGCAUGAGAAUUUUACAAUGUGUUGAACACAUGGACAAAAAAAAAAAAAAUCCUGUUUGUGGUCCAACUUGUGUUAGUUUUGUUGAUUCUCUUGAGUGCAAUAAACAUUUCUG